AUGAAUAACAAUGAGUCCGUCGCAGGUGAAACUACUGGUCUGAUCCUUGCAGACCGGUUGAGUGAGUCUGGUGAGAAUAAGGUACUGGUAUUGGAAGCUGGGCCAGAUCCGAACGUUGUGGCCAUGCAUCAAGCCCCUGGUGCCGUUGAAUAUAUCGCUGGUACAGCCAUCGACUGGAACUUCUAUACGGAGCCUCAAAAAGGUCUCGAUGGCCGUAAGCUUGCAUACCAUGGUGGACAUGGUCUUGGUGGAAGCAAUAUUCUAAACGGUCUCUGCUACGGAUGA